CAGUGAAACAAGAAUGGGAUAAUACUGUAAAUGAUCUAACAGGUCACAGGGCAACUCCUGAAGACCUGACUCGAGGGGAUGCUCCAUGAUGGCAUGAACAGAGGGUGACAUCACCUCCUCACCAACAUCAGAUGGACAACAGCAACCAGAGAGUGUGCCUCUGGCAAGAGGAAGCCCAUCCUCCAAGAGACUUCAAUUCCCAAAAUGCCAUCAGCUGGGGACCUAGUAUUCAGAACACAUAAGUUUAUGGGGGACACCUGAAUCAAACCACCACCAGGGGUGCUUUCAAGGUAAUGAUGGUUCUACAGAAGACCCAGUCCUUGCUUCUGGUCUUGCUGCUGACAAUGCUGGGCCUCGGGCUGGUACAACCCUCCUAUGGCCAGGAUCCCAACCAUCCCUGUGACAACAGUAUCCUGUGCAGACUGACGGACGAGGCGUGCACUCCUCCAGCAUCCACAAGACUCUGAAGAUCUCUGCGUCUCCCACCAGCUCCGCGUCAUCCUCCCAGGAAGAAGCAGGCACUUUCAAGGUAAUGAUGGUUCUGCAGAAGAUACACUCCUUGAUUCUGGUCUCGUUGCUGACCAUGCUGGGGCUAGGGCUGGUACAACUCUCCUAUGGCCAGAAUGCCAUGUACCAACGUUUCCUGAGACAACAUGUGGACCCUUCGAACAGAGGUGGCACUAAUAGCUACUGCGACUCAACGAUGCGGAGCCGGGGGAUGACUACUUCUACAUGUAAAAAUGUCAACACCUUCAUCCAUGAAAGCAUCCAGAAGAUUAAAAAUAUAUGCAACACACCCAAAGUCCGAUGCAAGAAUGGCAGGAUGAAUUGUCAUAGGGGUCAAGCAAGGGUCACAGACUGCAACAAGACAGGAGGUUCCCCACCCAACUGUAGAUAUCGGGCAAGGGGCAGCACUAGGCGAAUUGUCAUUGCCUGUAGUGGUAACCCGAAGGUGCCAGUGCACUUUGACAAAUAAACGCUGUACUGCUGGGGUUAUGGCCAGUGAUUCACUGAGAAUAGCAAUGAGUGAUUGAUAUAUUUGAAUGAUCUCAGGCUUUGUCUCCUCUACUCAUUUCUUAUACCCACACACACCCAGUAUAACCCAGUCUUGUAAUCAU